AUGAAUAAUUAUUCGGAAAACGAUUCGGAUUCUACUGUUGAAGAAACAUUGGUGAUGCUAAAUUUUCCACAAUUAAAUAAUGAUGAAAAUAAAUUAAAAAAUUUAAAUAUUUUUCGUAAGAAGAAAAGUGAACAUCCUGAAAAAAUACCAAAUUCAAAUAACUUACCAAACCAGUAUACAAUUAAUGAUAUAAAUGGAAUCGAAAUUGAUUUAACUAAAGAUAAUAAUAAUAAUACAGAAGAAACUUUGAAUAAUGAUAUUAUACUUAAUAAAAACGACAAUAACGUAAAUUGUAAUAGUUAUGAUAUUCAAGAAAAUAAUAAACAAUGUAAUAAUAGAGAGGUUCAAUAUAAAAUGAAUGAAAAUGUUAUAAAUUCUGAUUCUUAUAUGGUUAAUGAAACUAAUAAAGAAUUAGUGGAUAACGAUAAAUGCACUCUUAAAAAAAGUGAAAGCUGUUUAGAUAAUAAUAUUAUAGAUAAUAUACCAUUUGAAGUUAAUAGUAUAACUUUAAAAAAUAUAUUCACUGAAAACCCUCAAUGUGUAAUAAAUGAUAAAUAUAAAUUUAAAGGUAUUCAGACUUCUAGCAUUGGAACAAAUUUAUAUUUUAAAGAGCCUGAAAGCUUAAAAAAUAAAAAUGACUUAAAAAAUUAUGAGAUAUCAUAUGAUGAUUAUAACAGAAAUAUAAAAAAUGAAAAUAAAAUGACUAGAGAUGAUUUUACAAUUUACGAAGGUUAUUCUACAAAAAUAAUUUCUUUCAAAAUAGAUUAUUAA